AAAAGAACUUGCAUCUUUGUUAUCAUCGAAUACAUUUGUUCUUUCUCACACAAUUUCUUAGUCCACAACUGUGUUUUUUUCUUUCGGUUAUUUUUUCAGUGUAGUUUCUAUAUUUUUUGAAUAAAAUUCAUGGAAUCGGUGAUUUCUCAUAGACUAUGUGGCUCAUUGGGCGUCGAUAGGGGGAAAUUGGUGCUGCAGAACGCCUCUGCUGCUGGAACUUCUGUUCUCUCUUCAAAUUUCAAAGGCAAAAGUUUGAGAAAAGUGAGCCUUAAGAAUUCUUGUCCCGAGAAUUAUUCCAGCAAUUUCAAGAUUGUGGCAGAAGUUGACGAGGAAAAGCAGAGCAGCAAGGACAGAUGGAAAGGUCUCGCGUUUGAUAUCUCUGAUGAUCAACAGGACAUUACGAGAGGAAAGGGGAUGGUGGAUUCGCUCUUUCAGGCUCCGAUGAAUUCUGGAACUCAUAAUGCAGUAAUGAGUUCUUAUGAUUACGCCAGUGCUGGUUUUCGCCAGUACAAUAUGGACAAUUACAUGGAUGGACUUUACAUUGCUCCGGCUUUUAUGGACAAGCUUGUUAUUCACAUCACCAAGAACUUCCUCGACCUGCCUAAUAUCAAGGUUCCCCUAAUCCUUGGUGUUUGGGGAGGCAAAGGUCAAGGAAAAUCAUUUCAGUGUGAGCUUGUACUCGCGAAAAUGGGAAUCAAUCCCAUUAUGAUGAGUGCUGGAGAAUUGGAGAGUGGUAAUGCCGGAGAGCCUGCAAAGCUAAUAAGGCAAAGGUACCGCGAGGCAGCAGAUAUAAUCAGAAAGGGGAAAAUGUGUGCCCUCUUCAUCAAUGAUCUCGAUGCAGGGGCGGGUAGAAUGGGUGGCACUACGCAAUACACAGUUAACAAUCAGAUGGUGAAUGCUACUCUUAUGAACAUUGCUGACAAUCCUACUAAUGUCCAGCUUCCUGGAAUGUACAACAAGCAGGAUAAUCCUCGUGUUCCUGUCAUUGUCACUGGUAAUGAUUUUUCUACAUUGUAUGCUCCUCUUAUCCGCGAUGGUCGUAUGGAGAAGUUCUACUGGGCUCCUACUAGAGAAGACCGAAUAGGCAUCUGCAUUGGAAUCUUUAAAACUGAUAAUGUCCCUACAAAGGACAUUAUCAAGCUCGUCGACAAAUUUUCAGGGCAAUCAAUUGACUUCUUUGGUGCACUGAGGGCAAGGGUGUACGACGACGAAGUUAGAAAAUUUGUUUCGGACAUUGGGGUUGAAAAUAUAGGUAAGAGGCUGGUGAACUCGAAGGAGGAACCUCCGAAGCUGGAUCAACCAAAAAUGACCAUUCAGAAGCUCCUUGAGUAUGGGAAUAUGCUUGUAGAAGAGCAGGAAAAUGUAAAUAGAGUACAAUUGUCUGAUAAGUACUUAAAGGAGGCUGCUCUUGGAAAUGCCAAUGAUGAUGCAAUAAAAAGAGGAACUUUUUAUGGUUAGCACUUGUGUAGCAUUUGAUCCUGAAGGUCUUUGUAGCCUCAUAGGUGACUGGCAGUUGGCAUUUUCCUGAACUUAUUGUACUAGGGGCAAAGUUGCCUGGCUCUACAGGUUUGAACUUUCAGCUCCUGUUGUAAUCUAUGAUCUGCAAACUUCAACCCUAUUAUUAGAGAUAUGGUUCAUAGCUGCCUGCAUUAGUGUUGUUACUUAUUAAAACCAUGUAAUAAUAAUGUACACAUUUGGGGAAAUUGAAUGGAGUCCUAAUUUAAAGGCUGUA